GCCGCCGAUAUAGUUUCGUGGACCGAUUUCAGUCUUGUGUGCGGUCGCGUGUCGUUCGUUUCGCGUUCCGAUCGUCUACCGCCCGACGCGAAUUUUGAGGUCCGUCGAACCUUUGGAAUUUCCACGAACGUUAUAGUGAACAAUUUAUUGACACUAAUAAUACUUAGAACGUUUCGCGUGUUCCGUUUCGGUCGUCGGUAAAUUUGUUUUCAUCGUCUCCGCGGAGGACUCGUUUUUUCAGUGACAUUUCUGACAGUCGAUUCGUGCAUAGGUGUACCUACUGCAACUGUGGUCAGAUCGGUCGGGAUUUCCAAGUUUUUAUUGUUUUGUUUUGACAUCGUGUCAGACGUUUACGGAUAAUCGACAAUUAUUAUUAUCGGUUCCAACAGAAUUGCAAAUAUACUCAUUACUCAAUAUAUAAUAUAUAUUGACGAGAAAUAUUGAGGGUGUAUUUUUCAAGCGUUAUCGAAAUAAUUCGUCGUCGUGGACUUAGGAUAAAGUAUUCGUCAACCAUAAAAUCAAUAAUUUGAAAAUGUGCUGAAUGAAUAUUAUUCUUAUGACGUUGAGUUUAUCGUUUCAACAGAAGACAAGUUUAAGAAAAUAGUAUAUACCCCGAACAAUCGAUACGUCUUAUCCUAUCCGGGCUUUUCCGAGGUGGUCGUGCAGUUGUUCCGGUCAAACGUUUCGUGUCGCCGACCCUACUCCAUCCACAUAUAUAUUACCUGUAUAUACUACAUCGUAUCUGUGUGUAUUUCUGACAGCGGCUCGUGACGAGGUAGUUUUGCAGCGGUCACCCACUGUCAGAUCGGCCGUCGAAUGAACACGCUGGACGACGGUGACAGCGAUUCCAGUUCGCCACUGGACUUUGGAGUGGCGGACGUGAUCACUACCACUAUCGUGUAUCUGACGUGUACCAUCGCGGUAUACGUGUUGUGCACGUACGUCGAACACGCCGUCGACGAACCGGACGCGCCGGACGGCACCGGAACACCGGCCGCGGCACCGCCGGCCGCAUCUGUGACUUCGGAGAGACCGGUAGCCGGGACCAGAGCCGGCGGUUACCGCGCACCGCCGUCCCGCCCGUCGACGUCGUCGUCGUCGUAUCAGCCGCAGCCGCCGACGUACGCGCCCGCUCAGUCGCGACCGACGCCACCGGGCGCGUCGGACCGUCAGCAACGUCCGGCGGAAACGGGAGGAGACGCGUCGCGGGCCACGGUGCCGGAAGACAUGGGACGCGAGAAACGCCGACGGUGAUCGGUGUCGCGGCCAAUGAACGGCCAAUCGCCGACCGCGAACGCCGCGGCGUUGGCGCUGACCGUGGCGAUCGUGGCCGUGGUCGCGGCGCUGUGCACGCCGGCCGCGCACGCGGCCACGCUCACGCGGGUCGUGCAGACCCGGUACGGCAAGCUCCAGGGCGUGGUGCGCACCGUGGACGCGUCCGUGUCCUCGACACCGGGCGGCCCGCCCACGGCCACCGUCGACACGUUCCUGGGCGUGCCCUACGCCACGCCGCCCGUCGGCUCCAACCGGUUCGGGCCCACCCGCACCCCGUCGCCCUGGGACGGCGUCCGCAUGGCCGACGCCCCGGGCCCCGUGUGCCCGCAACGCUUACCCGACGUGUCCAACGAGACGGCGGCCCUGAACCGUAUGCCCGUGGGCCGGCUCGUCUACCUCAAGCGUCUGCUGCCGUACCUGCGCAACCAGUCCGAGGAUUGCCUGUACCUGAACAUCUACGCCCCGUCCCAAGGAAGUAGAAUCGUCCGAAAGUAUCCCGUGCUGGUUUUUAUACAUGGAGAAUCGUAUGAGUGGAAUUCCGGAAAUCCGUACGACGGCCGAGUGUUAGCGAGCAACGCGGAAUUGGUUGUCGUCACGCUGAACUACAGGCUCGGCAUAUUAGGAUUUUUGAACGCCAACGGUUCGCCUAACUCAAGAGCCCGCGUGGCCAACUACGGUCUCAUGGACCAAAUAGCUGUGCUCCACUGGGUGCAGCAGAAUAUCGCACUAUUCGGUGGUGAUCCGGAGAACGUUUCUCUGAUGGGUCACGGACCCGGAGCCGCUUGUAUAAACUUCUUAAUGAUAUCGCCGACCGUGGUCCCAGGACUUUUCCGUCGAGCAAUACUACUAUCGGGCUCGGCGUUGAGCAGCUGGGCUCUGGUCGAGGACCCAGUGUCAUAUGCACUGGACCUGGCUAAACAGGUGAACUGUACAACUGACGGGACCGGAAAUAACCCGGAACCAAUUGUAGACUGUCUACGGGAAGUGCCACUAGACCUGUUGAUGUCCGCCGGCGUUGCGUUACCCACGUACCUAAGUGCGUUUGGGCCCAGCGUCGACGGGGUGGUGGUCAAGAGCAACUACCAGGAAGACGUCAUCACCAAUCUGCUGCCCGAAUUUGAUGGGUACAGCGGGUCCAGCGUAGCUUUCGGCGCCCGCAAAUUUCAAAAAUUCGAAUUUGGCAGUGGCAUCAAUAAGUACGACCUACUGUUUGGCGUCGUCACGAGCGAAGCGCUCUGGAGGUUCAGCUCUAAUGACAUACAGGCUGGCUUCGAAGGUGAGCGUCGAGACAAGAUCCUGCGCACGUAUGUUCGGAAUGCAUACAGCUAUCACCUGUCCGAGAUAUUCUUCACCAUCGUUAACGAGUACACUGACUGGGAGCGGACUGUCCUGCAUCCGAUAAACACCAGAGACGCGACAAUUGCGGCACUCAGUGAUGCACAGUACGUUGCACCACUGGUACACACCGGUGAUAUGCUCAGCCAACCGAAGACAACGGCUGCCGACGACCUCAACAAGGAUCGAAGGACCAAAUCGUUUUUCUAUGUAUUUGACUAUCAGACUAGAGACGGCGACUAUCCACAGAGGAUAGGUACUGCUCAUGGAGAAGAACUUCCAUAUAUGUUCGGUGCUCCAAUGGUAACUGAUGGCAUGAAUCAUUUUUCAAGAAAUUUUACAAAACAAGAAGCUUUAUUGUCUGACGCUAUGAUACUUUACUUGGGAAAUUUUGCAAGAACUGGGGAUCCCAAUGAUCACGAUGAUAAGCCAGAUUCAGGAUCCAAAGAGCGGAACAGGUUUCGGAGCGUCACAUGGGAUGAAUAUGAUCCGGUGCAUCAAAAGUAUUUAGAAAUAAGCAUGAAGCCCCGGAUGAAAAACCACUUCCGGGCUCACCAGUUGUCCGUGUGGCUGCGGCUCAUACCGGAACUGCACCGGGCCGGCAUGGAGGACGUGAUGCUCCGGCACAACCUGUUCCGGAACCACGACGACGCGGAACUGUACGAGGGCGUGGUGAGGCCGGACCCGCUGUCCCGGCGGGCGCCCCAGCGGGCCACGGUGAACCGGUUCACUGCGAACGGCACGGUGGCCGAGGUGGUGCAGUCUCUGACCACCACUGUCCGGCCGCAGUGGCCGGCCGCGGCGGCGGCGGAAGCGACCACGUGCCUGCCGCCGGCGCGCGGCGGCCCGAACGCGGCCAACGCGUCCACGUCGGCCGAAGACGCGCUGGCCACGCUCGGUGCGGCCGGUUACGCGGCCUACUCGACGGCGCUGCACGUGACCAUCGCCCUGGGCGUGUCGCUGCUGGUGCUCAACGGCCUACUGCUGGUGAUCAUAUGCUACCAGAAGGACAGGUUCAAGUGUUUGCAAAACGACCAACAGCGCCAGCAGACGGCCGGCGGCCAGGAGGACUCGGUCAGGUACAAGGCGGCCGCCGUGCCGGACGACAGGCAGUCGGCCACUGUGGCGGUGGACAAGGCGGGUGGCGGUUACGACGGGCGCCAUCAUCACGGCGGCGGCGGCGGCGUUCAGCACCAUCACCAUCCGCCGGGACAGCAGCAGCAGCAGCAGCAGCAGCAGCAGCAGCAGAUGCACUUGGCCGCGGACGCCGUGGCCGUGGACAUGGAACAGAGGCAUCACCACCAUCACGGGACCGGCGUCGGCGGCGGCCACCAUCAGCACCACCACAUGCACCACCACCACGUCCCGUCGCCGCAAACGUCCGGGACGGCGGCCCAGGCGACGGCGCAACAACAGCAAAUGGUGCGGAACGACAUGACGUUCCCGAAAGCGGCCAAACCGUCGUCCCGGUUGCUGCACGACCACCAGAUGAUCGGCGGCUGUCCGCCCAACGGGUCGCUGGUGCACGGCACGCUGCCCAAACCGCCGCCGCCGCCCAGGUCGUCGGUGGGCGUGCAGUCGCAAGAGUCGCAGCCUUUGCUCGUCCAACAGGGCGUGGGCAUUGGCCAGAUGCCCAAAACGGGUACGCUCAAGAUGCCCGUGGCCGCCAUGAGCGAGAUGAGGGUCUGACCGUCGCUCCGGUCGUGUUUCCGCACUGCGCUUUCGUGCCGAUCAGGCGCAUCAGUCUGCAGUGUAUUAUUUUUAUGAAAGCUUGUGUGUCGUCGUCGUCCGACGGUUGUCACGCGAUAUUAUAAAAUGCAAUAUUGUUAUCUAUUCGAUGUAUAAAAAAAAAAAAACACUUCCGGCUUGAAAACAAUACCCCAAACAUACUUCCGGGUUGGACUCCCCCGACGUGAUUCCCCGGACGACGCCGCACGCUGGUCGAUACGCGUGUUUUAUAUUCGUAGCGCCGCCACCGGCUCUGAUACCGUAGUCGUACAUCUGUUCGCUGCAGUAUCGUUACCAUGUAAAUAAUAAUAUAAAUAUUAUAUAUUAUAUAUAUAUAUGACACGUUUAUUCCGUUAUUAUCAUAAUAUUUCGCGAGCGAAUUUCGUCACUGUCGUAUAUUUAUAAUAAUAUAGAGAACGGAGUUGUAACAUUAUUAUAUUAUAUCGAUUUGUUUGUCAAAAAUAGAAUAGCAUUAAUACGUUAUUAUUCUAAUAGAAUAUCAUGUAUAGUAUAAGCGAUCGCGUCUGACCGUAUAAGACCCGACGGUUUUGCAGUCUCAUUCUUACUCUGUAACAUUUGUGUCCACAAAAAAAGUUUUAUGUCGAGCUAGCAACGGUGAUGACCAAUAUGAUCAGAUCGUCAGAUACGAUAUUAUCAUAUUAUAUUAUAUUUUGUUUUCUGCGACUUAAACGUGUCUUGACUUGUUUAUAAUUUGAUUUUUCAAAAAUAUCGUAAUAACGACGAAUUCUAAUAGACAAUUCAAAUGAGUAGGCACACUAGACACAGUAAAAAGUUGUUUGCCAAAUCAUAAUAUUAUAUUUUAUUAUAUUGUCGAGGAAGUAGAACAUAGAUCCAAUGAUUUCAUUAUUAGUAAGGAGAUUUUUAACGACUAUAAUAGGUUUAUCCUUAAACUGUAAAAAUAUAUCAUCAUAUGUUGAUGUACCUAGAUACUAUCAGAUACUAUCAAAUCAAACAGAAGGAGCUGCUCAACAAAUACGACAUAACAACACUCUUUGAACAGGAUAUAUUUAUUAAUAACAAAAAGAGUCAAUGCUAAUAUAAAUAACUGGAAUAACUUAGUAGAAAAUAUAUUUUUAUUAUUGUUCAAUAGGUAUAGUUGAUAAAAAUGUAGAGUAAUUGCUGCAACCGUUUAAAAAUUUAAACUUUAUUUUAACUGUUCAACUAAUUUUAUUAUUAUAACUUUCAAUUGAUAUUUAUCUAAUUGUCUUAAAUAUUGUUGUAUUAUUUACGUUAUUGAUUUCACUUAAAAAUGUUAAGAAAAAAUGUUAAAAAAUGUUAAUUUUAAAAUGUUUAGCAAAAUUCUACUAUAAUAUUAUAACAACCUGAAACUACCCGUCAGUGUCGCGUAGAAUACAAUUUCGUUGUGACUAUAAUAAAUUCAUCUGUCUGUCUGUCUGUUUGUCAUCUAUCGAUACUUUAGGUAGAUAAUGGUGUCCACGUUUUAUACGAAUUUCCGGUGAGCUUUCUAUCCCACGUAUAUCAAAAAUAUACAUCUAUUGCUGAGAAAUUUUCCUAAAUCGGCUACAAUAAAAAAUAUAUUGCAUAUACACAUGUAGACACACGCCUGUAACAAAGUGUGUAUUUUUAAAUAAAUAAUCUAAUUUAACAGGUCCGAUGAUAUCUCACAAUUACAUUCAUUACCUAUUAGGAAAAAUAAGUACAUUAUUAAAUUAAAAUAUAAUAGGUAUCGUGUUUUAUUAUUGUAAAUCAAUUAGUUUGUACUUGUUAAAGUCAAUCGACAAACAACUCAAGUAAUAUCGCUUCAUGCCGCAUCAUUUAAUUUUAGCAUUUUAUGAUGAGUAUAAUAAAUACAAGAGUAUAUACAAAUUACAAAUCGUGGUAGAUAUUUUUUUGAAAACAAUGUUUACCAUCAUUGCUAUUUUAUUUCACUUCGAGGGCAACGGCGGACAGAAAAAAAACGUAAUUUAUAUUAAUGAGUUAUUUAGUUGCGCCCCACAGACGGAAAGACUCACCAACCCUAUGACUAUAUAUUAGCCACCUGACUUACAAAAAUAAAUAAUUAUAAAAUUAAUUAAAAUAAUUGCAUUGAAUCUGGCUAGUGAAGUCCAUGCGCCAUAUUAUAUUUCUGGACAUCUCGUUUCAUUGUACAUAAUAUUAUUAUAAGUGUAUUACAAUUUUAAGUUGCUGCUGUUUUUAUCGCAUAUCCGGGAAAUCAAUUAAGAUAGUUC